AUGAAACUUUUCUUGCCAAUCCUCUCCCUCGCCUCCGCCCAAACAGAACAAGAUCGAGUCUGGAACCCCGACACCACUCUCAAGGUCGACCUCGCCCUGACCACCGACGCCCUGACCUCCUCCUGGUCCGUCCCUAGGGUCAACGGCGUGUACGAACCAAACCAGUACCAACGAGUCACUGUCACGGCUCCCUCCGGCUACAAGAUCCGCGUCGAUUUCUCCAACUUCAACCUUCAAGGUCAAACGUACUCUGGUGGAUGUAGCAACGAUGCCGCCAUCAUCUUCGACGGUCCCGAUGGAAACAACGAGUUGACGAAGUAUUGCGGAAGAGGCAACAGGAACUCGCUCACAUCCACUGGUACAACUUUGACCGUCGUUUUCAAGUCUAACGAAGACACCAUCGUCGACAGCGGCUUCAACGCUCUCUUCACCGCAGUUCCUCUUCCAUCGAGCGCUGUUGCCUGGACUUCCAUCACCGAUGCCUUCAACAGCCUCUCCAGUACGAUCUUCACCGCUUAUGACAGCACCAACUUGAACAAGCAGUCUCGAAAAGCCACUCGUUUCAUGAAGUACAUGGGCAUCAUCGCCAACUUCCAGGAUCGAUCCCCAAGCAGCUGCAACGAUUUCGCCGGAACUGGCCACGCUGGAUCCUUCACCCCUCCCGUCAUUGAUGGCAAUGUUUGCAACUCGCUCAAGUCCUUCUUCGACGCUGUCAUGAGCUAUCACGAUAUCUUCGUCUGCUUGGACGGUGUCGACUACUCCGCCAACCCGACUUACUUUCCACCACGAAUGAUCAGCAAACUUCAACGACAACCAAUAGCGCUGAUAACCCGAAUCCUGGUGCUUUUCAACAUUGAGUCUGAGCGACUUGUCGAAAUUUGGCGGACGCGCGAUGCUGUUGCUGGCUUGUGGGCCUGUCUUGGAUGUUUGAUAGUGGCGAGUUUUGAAGUUUUACUUGGCGUCUCUAGCUGCUCGGCUGGAUUGAGGUACUCAGACUUGGUAGACAAAUUCAAGGCGCGAAAUAUCGAGCUUGAUCUUGCCAUUCAAUAUCCGGAAAUCUACGGUCAUUUGAUAUCGAAAUGGAGUUCCUCCGCCACGCUUGACAAUGACAAGAGCACGACCAGGGUUGAAAAUGAUGAUGCCGAAGGCGAUGUCGACGAGGGUGGCGAAGAAGGCGACAAUCAAGGGGAGCAGGAAUUGGUCGAAAAUGAAGAAGGAGAUGAUUGA